CCCGGCAUGCGCAGCAACCUGCUGCUGUACUACGAGGAGGCCGGCGGGCUGGGCGUCCUGCUGACCGGCUGGACCCAGGAUGGCGGCGCCUGCCAGGUGUGGGAGCAGCCGUCCUACCGGCAGCGCUUGAACCAAAGCGAGGUGGUCAGUUGCCUGCCCGACGGCUCCACCGCCGGCGUCGUUUUCCAGCAGGCCGGCGCCUGGUACCUGGCCGUGGCGGCCACCUACUCGACCAGCGCUGACACGAACCACCUGCACUGCGAGCCCUCGAAGUCGGACAAGGAGACCGUCAUCACGGUGCGCAGCAUGGUCAACCUCAAGUCCAAGGAGGAGCUGGGCAUCAUCAAGCGCAAGGAGGAACCUUUGCACUUUGUUGACGCGCUCCAGUGGGGGGAUCACCUUUUCUUUCCCUACUACACGCUGAAGGCCAGGUUGGGCAAUAACACGGAGCCACCCAGCAUGGCUGUCCUGCGCCAGCUGCGGCCUUCAGAGGGUGGCCUUACUUUGCGAGGGCACGUCUAUUUGGACUGCGGGUGCAGGAGCCUCAUUAUUUCCUCCAGCCUUGUUCGCCAGGGUGAGCGGGGCUGGUGGGUGGGUGUUUUCCGCCACAGCCACAACGCCAAGGCGUGGAACAGCACUGCCGUCUGCAUCUUUGGGAUGGAGGAGAUGAAGGAGCAAGCCUGUGCAUCCACGCACUUCAAUAUGAACGGGAAGAGCUGUGAGGCACGAUCAAUCAAGAAAUUGCCUACCUUGAUUCACUCUGGAUUAGUGGCUGUUUAUGGCACAGUUGUUUUGAAUCGUAUAGUUCUCUUUUUGGGAACAGAUGAUGGACAGUUACUGAAGGCUAUUCUUAAUGAAGAUAUGAAAUCUAAUUGUCCAGAAGUUUUAUAUGAAAUUGAGGAAGAAACUUCCAUUUUCCCCAAACUGCGACUUGAUCCAGUGAAUAACAACUACAUCUAUCUGUCCUCUGCCAAUAAGGUGAGAAGAAUACCAGUUGCAAAUUGCGGUAGAUUUGCUUCUGAGCAAGAAUGCUUAUCUGCAAAGGACCCCUACUGUGGGUGGUGUUCUUUCAGUCAAAGGUGCACAUUAAAAGAAAAUUGUACACAUUCAAACAGCAUAAAUGGUUGGUAUAACAUUUCACAUGCACCUGAUAAAGAUCUGAAAAUCCUGCUAAGUUUCCCUGCCAAAUAUCAGGUUGUUGUGACUGCAAAUGUAAGCAAAGUCCUUACUUUCUGUAUGAUAAAAAUUGUAACAGCUCUUGAAAUAUUUUAUGAAAACGUAGUGCUGAAAAAUUCAUCCUGUUUCUGCAAUCUAACCACUCUGAUGAUAACUGAUAACGAUUGUCUAGUUCUCGAAGCAUCACUGUCCUCAAGCUCUUGGAAUAUCACACAAACAUUUCAGUUGAAAAACUGCUCACGGUGUAUACACAAGGGUGAGUGUGCCAGCUGCAAAUGGAUACACGUCUCUCCUGUCACCACCUGCCAGGAUGAUUGCAGUGCAACUGUUUCCAAGGGGAUCACCACUGUGCGGAAAACAGAGCAUAUCAGCAUUCAAUCCAUUGAGCCUUUGUGGAUUUCUACAUUAGGCAAAAGUGAAAUAACAGUCAAAGGAGAAAACUUUACACGUGCAUCAGGCAUAAAACUGAUACUGACUGGAAUCACUGGCUGUAAACCAGACGUCAUUAAAGUUAGAAAUGUGCUAAAUGAUACACAAAUGACAUUUGCUCUCCCACCAACACGUAAAGAGGCCAAAAGUAUAUGUAUCCAGGCUAAUGGGAAAAAAUGUUCACCACCAAUGACCCUGCAUUACGUUUCACUGCCAUCAUGUUCUAGAAUUACACCAAAUACCUCUUGGAUCAGUGGUGGUCGCAAAAUUACUACAACUGGUAGAAAUUUUAAUGUGGUGGACAGUGUGAUUAUUUCAGAUGACCAGAGAUCAAAUCUCACAGUCUCUAGGUGUCCUGGAAAUGCAUCUGAGUAUCAUUACUUAACACCAAGCCUGAGCCAUGCAACAGAGGGUAAAGUUGUUGAUAUGAUGUUAAAAGUGGAUACUACCUUUAUACCAUGUGUCAAAUUACACUAUCACCCAGACCCAGUGUUCAUUAACUACCAGCUGCACACUGAACUGGAUCCUGAUCUGGAAUUAAAAAUAUAUAAAGAAAAUGAUAACUUGAAUAUUUCUAAAACAGAGGUAGAAGUUUAUCUGUCAUAUAUGACUGGUGCACAGACCAAAAAGAUAUGGUUCAGUGUCCAAAAUAUUACCAAAAAGCCAGACCGUAGCACCAUACUGUGCAAAUUCAAAAGGGAAGGAACCGACAAGAUUGACUUUUCCACAGUGAAAGUUUUUGUCAAAUUAGGAAAUUUUGAGCAUGAAGUCAAACCAACAUCAUCACACAUAUAUUUAUAUGUUCUUAUUUUGCUACCUAUUGUGGUGGGUGUCAUUAUAGCGGCAUUCAUAGUUACUAGAUACAAAUCCAAAGAGUUAACUCGUAAACAGAGUCAGCAACUUGAACUGCUGGAAUAUGAAAUUCGUAAGGAAAUACGCGAGGGAUUUGCUGAGCUGCAGAUGGAUGAGUUAGAUGUGGUGGAUAGUUUUGGAACAGUUCCCUUCCUUGACUACAAACACUUCGCUCUUAGAACUUUCUUUCCAGAGUCAGGAGGCUUUGCAUCCAUCUUCAGUGAAGAAAUGCCACAGAGCAGAGACCAAACGAGCAAGGAUGAAAGCUUCAACAUGUUGCAUGCUUUAAUUUGUAACAAGAACUUUCUUGUUACUCUCAUUCACACCCUUGAAAAGCAGAAAAAUUUCUCAGUGAAAGACAGGUGCUUGUUUGCAUCUUUCUUGACUAUUGCAUUACAAACUAAGCUAGUUUAUCUGACCCAUAUUUUGGAAGUAUUGACAAGGGACUUGAUGGAGCAGUCGAGCAAUGUACAGCCUAAGCUCCUGCUCAGACGAACUGAAUCUGUGGUGGAAAAAUUGCUGACAAACUGGAUGUCUGUCUGCCUUUCUGGAUUUCUCCGGGAGACAAUUGGUGAGCCUUUUUAUUUGCUGGUGACAACCCUCAAUCAGAGGAUAAACAAAGGACCUGUUGAUGCAAUAACUUGCAAAGCCCUCUACACUCUUAAUGAAGACUGGCUGCUGUGGCAAGUGUCUGAAUUCAAAACAGUGACAGUGAACAUUAUCUUUGAAAAAAUCCCAGAAAACGAGAGUGGAGAUGCCUGUCAAACUAUUCAAGUUAAUGUUCUGGACUGCGACACCAUAGGCCAAGCCAAGGAGAAGAGUCUUCAGGCUUUCUUUAAUAAGAAUGGCUUUCUCUAUGGUCUUCAGCUGGAUGAAAUUGGUCUUGAACUUGUGUCUGAGGAGCAGCAAAGAGAGUUGUUAGAUAUUGAUGGUUCCUCAGAGGUGAUGGAGGAUGGGAUAAGGAAACUAAAUACCAUCGGUCACUAUGAGAUUUCAAAUGGAGCAACCAUAAAAGUCUUCAAAAAGAAGGCAAAUACCCGAUCAGAUGUGGACUACUCAGAUGAACACUGUCAUUUGAUUUUACCAGACUCAGAAGCAAAUAAAGAUGUGAAGGGAGCAGGUCACAAAGGAAAGCAAAAAUUCAAAGUGAAAGAAAUGUAUCUCACAAAACUUUUGUCAACUAAGGUUGCAAUUCAUUCAGUUGUUGAAAAGCUCUUCAGGAGCAUUUGGAGUUUACCCAACAAUAAAGCACCAGUUGCCAUCAAGUACUUUUUUGACUUUUUGGAUGCCCAGGCUGAGAGCAAAAAAAUUACUGAUCCUGAUGUGGUCCACAUAUGGAAAACUAACAGUCUUCCUCUUCGCUUCUGGGUGAACAUACUGAAGAAUCCCCAGUUUGUCUUUGAUAUUAAGAAGACUUCUCACAUAGAUGGCUGUUUGUCUGUAAUCGCACAAGCUUUCAUGGAUGCCUUUUCUCUUGCAGAACAGACACUGGGGAAGGAAGCACCAACAAAUAAACUUCUCUAUGCUAAAGACAUUCCACUCUACAAGAAGGAGGUGAAAGCAUAUUACAAAGCCAUCCGGGAUCUGCCUCCAUUGACCACUGCAGAGGUUGAAGAAUUUCUAGCUCAGGAAUCUAAGAAACAUGAAAAUGAAUUUAAUGAGAAAGUGGCCUUGUUUGAAAUCUACAAAUACAUAGUGAAAUACUAUGAUGAGAUUGUCAGCAAACUUGAGCGAGAACGGGGGUUUGAAGAAGUCCAGAAACAGCUCCAGCAAGUAAAAGCCUUAUUUGAUGAAAAGAAAAAAUGCAAAUGGCAUUGAGCGGAGCACUGACUCACAGCAUCACUGUGGGGGAUUUUAUAUUAGCGCUACUGCUCCCAAAACUGUUUUGACUGACUAUAUGUACAGGGUUUGAAAUGUUUGGACACUCUUCUCCACUCUGACCAUUCCAAGUAAUCUACGAUUGGGAAUGAAAUAUGGGCAGGGUUACAUAUUCACACUGGGGCAUGUGAAAGUGACCUAAUGUUGGCAGGGUCAGCAAUUUUAGGUACUUGAACACACAUAGCCUUUUGGUCAAAAAUACCGUCUAGUAAGCUUUUUGCUUACUUUAAAAUAAGGUCAUAGGAGAUGUGCAAAAUACACUGUAAGUUCAGAGUUGCCCACAUGAACUUGCACGUUGCUUACCUCUUUUUUGUAAGAGAAAAGGCUGAUGUUUCGCCACAUCCUUUCAGCAGCUUGGCAAACUGUGAGAGUGAGCUCCGGCUUCAGAAUACGGGUCAGCUGCAGUUUCCUUC